ACGCGAAGAGGCUUUUUAUGAUCCUUCGUGGGCCGAAUUUUCAAUGACUUUUGGAACUUCAUACAGAGAAGCACGUCAAAUACCUCAAUUCUCACCACCACAACUACCAACUCAGGUGCAACCUCAAUUCUCGCCACCACGACCACAACGCGCUACGCCUCUCCGUUCACGGGCAGCGCGAAGAGGGCCUAUCCGGCGCAGCGAAAGAAUAGCAGAAAUAAAUAGGAGAAGAAAUGAACGUUCAUCAAAAACCAUCGCUCGCCAACGCAUCGCUGAGUACUUCAAACACUAA